GAUCUAAGAAUCAGUAGUUCUUUGACUAUCGUAGUAUAGUUUUGAAUUCUUUAAUCAGGUGAUGAUCAAUGAAUUAUUGGAUUACUUUUUUAUAUAAAUAAGCAUUAAUUUAUUUAAUUAAACUCGACAUCCAAUCAAUAAAUUAUUGAAAUGUUACAUUUUUUAUCUGUAAUACUGUUGUACUUUUUUUUAUUGACUACUGAUUGUUGUGGUUUUAGAAUUCGUCGAGAAGUUCAUUUUCCAGGAUACAGUUACUGUGGACCGGGUACACCAUCAGAAAGAAUAGCUAAAAACGAGACAGGUAUUAAUGGAUUGGAUGAAGCAUGUCGAUACCAUGAUUUAGUAUAUGACCGUACAAGAGCUCUUAGGCCAAGAGUAGAAGCAGAUAUCAAGUUGGAAAAUGACGCUUGGGCUCGGGUAGAAGCAGAAGAUAGUGAAAAAGGAGAAAAAACAGCGGCAUGGAUAGUCGCUAAUGUAAUGAAAAUAAAACAUAAAUUGGGAACUAGAUUAAUAAAAAAAAUAGAAUGUCGAUUAAAAAUUGAUGCAGAAAUCCUAGAUGAUCGUGAACCAAACUGGAAUACUAAUGCUUAAUAAGAAUACAAAAUAAAUACGUAGUACUUUAACUUAAAAGAAAUCAAUCCAGAAAAAAUCAAUGAAAUUAAUUCAUUAAAGAGUUGUAAAUAUUAUUUAGAAUUUUAAUAUACCAUAACGAAAAAUAUUUUCAAUAAUUAAAAUUUUAUUUAUGAUUUGGUGUCACGCGGAUUUAACAUAAACCAAUUUUAUAAAAUUAUUAUUUAGAUUAAUUUAAUGUUUUCAUACAUUGAGUAUUACUAAAAUUAUAUAAAAUUGUUAGUAGUUUUUUAUAAGCAUUCUAUGGUAUUUUAUUUACUAUUUUUAUAUAAAACAUAAUUGUAAUAAUAACUGAACUCUUUUUAGAUCUUGACUUGAUCAAUUCAACUGAAAUUUACAGUUAUAUUAUUAAUAAGAUAUAUAUAAUAAUUUAUAUUUCUAUAUACAGGGUGUAAAUCUUUCGAACCAUAGUAAUGUAUGGGCGAGUAUCCUGGUAAAGUGUAAAAUAGGACCUCGUUUUUUUUUUUUUUUUGUUUUCCAAAAUUGGAGGAAUUUUGGAAUAACCCCCCUGAAUUUCUCUAAAAUUAAAAAUAAAUCAUAUCACAAUAUUUCCCGCAAAAUUCUCAUAUAAAUUGAAUGGUCACUCGAUUUUUUGUAAUUUUUGCGCCCUCCCCUGAACUUUGGGUUCAAAGUUGGAAAAAAAUUUCACAUUAGUGUGACCCAUCAAUUUGUAUUGAAAUUUCACCGGGAGUUCUGUGAUGUAGUUUAUUUUUAGUUUAAUCGAUUAAAUAACAAGAAAGACCGAAAAACCCACAAAUAAUGUGAUAUUUUUUUAAUUUCAUGAAUUUAUUACGUCUUUUAUUAUUUAUUCAAACCGACUAUAAUUUUUAUCAUUGAAACUGUUAUAAAAUUAUAAAUUUUUUUCUUUUUAGGUCGGGAAAAUAAAACAAUUAUAAUAUUGAAAUGAAUAUUUUUAACUUUAUUACAAUAGGGUAAUUAGAAAUAAUUAUUUUAAUGUAAUCGGCACACUACUCUUUUCCGAAAUUAAUCAAUAAUGAGAAUAUGGUGCAUCACUGAGCUUGUUAAUGUUUAUUUAAAUGUUCGAAAAAUACUGUUCACUAUUGAAUAGUCACUUAUUAAGUUGCACAUAAUAUUAGAUAACCUUGAAAAUAUAGCUUCUUUUUUUGUGCAAUAAAAAUGCAUAAAUAUUACAUUAUUUGUAGGUUUUUUCGGUUUUUCUUGUUAUUUAAUCGUUUAUACUAAAAAUAAACUACAUCACAGGACUCCCUGUAAAAUUACAAUACAAAUUGAUAGGUCACACUAAUGUGAAUUUUUUUUCCAACUUUGAACCCAAAGUUCAGGGGAGGGCGCAAAAAUUACAAAAAAUCGAGUGACCAUUCAAUUUGUAUAAGAAUUUUGCGGGAAAUAUUGUGGUAUGAUUUAUUUUUAAUUUUAGAUAAAUUCAGGGGGGUUAUUCCAAAAUUCCUCCAAUUUUGGAAAACAAAAAAAAAAAAAAACGAGGUCCUAUUUUACACUUUACCAGGAUACUCGCCCAUACAUUACUAUGGUUCGAAAGAUUUACACCCUGUAUAUAAGUAAAAUUUUAUCAUAUGAUCGUCCAUGAAGUAGAAAAAGUGUUAAUUUUAUAUAUAUAUAAUAUGAAAAAAAUUAUUCACUAAUGUGAAUUAAAAUUUUUUAAUAGUAUUAACUGUGAUAUUACUUAAUGUUAACAAUAAAUUAGCUAUGUUUAUAAUGUUUUCAUAAUAAAUUUAUUACCACAGAUUGACAAAAAGUUUUAAUUUUUGUGAAAAAAUAUUUUUACAGAAUGUAUCAAAUUAAUAGUUACAUAUUACAGAUAGCCGUUAUAAAUCCAAACUACGAGGUGUGUUCAGAAAAUAACGGACAUUUUUAAAUUUUGCGAGUUUGGAGAUUCGAAUUAUCAAAAAAGAUUUUUUAUAAUAUUGAUAAACAUGUCCCUGAAGUAUGAUCAAAUUUUCAGUUGGAUUCAUUUUUUCCUUUGUCAGUGGCAUCCACUAAGGUUAGACGUGUUUUUAUAAGCUUAGCGAUUUUCAUUUGUUAAAAUAAUGUCUUAAAGGAUUUGUAUCAAAUUUUGCAUAAAAAAUAAAAUUAAGUGUAACAAGUGUGGUAAAUGUUAAUGUGAGUCUGUCGUGAGUAAAACAAGGGUUUACUAGUGAUAUAAGCCUUUCCAACAUCAACAACCGAAAAGAACGUUGAAAAAGUGAAAGAAAUGGUUAUGAGCGAUCGCCAAAUCACAAUAAAAGAAGUCGCUGAUGAUGUUGGAUAUCGAUUAGCUCAUGCCAUGAAAUUUUUCCUAAUGUUUUAGGUAGAAACGCAAAGCAGAAAAAUUUGUUCCAAAAUUAUUGAAUUUUGAACAAAAACAUCGGAGAAUGGAACUUGCUCAGGAGUCAUUUCAUGAAGUUAACGACGAUGCAGAAUUACUGAAAUGUGUUAUAACAGGUGAUGGAUUAUGGAUACGACGUCAAAACUACAGCUCAAUCAUCCCAGUGGAGACAUUCUGGAUCGCCAGAACAAAAAAAAGCUCGACAAGUGCGAACGAACGUAAAGGUUAUGCUCACUAUGUUCUUCGAUUUUAAUGGCAAAGUGCAACAUGAUUUCUUGCCACGAGGCCAAAUAAGGAGUACUACCUACAGUUUCAACGCCGUUUGCGUGAAGCAAACCGAAAAAAACGCCCACAUUUGUAUCAAAAAAAUUCAUGGAUUUGGCUCCACGAUAAUGCACCUGCUUACACUUCAUUGCUUGUUCAUGAAUUUUUGCCACAAACUAUACUAUAACGAUAUCCCAGCCUGCAUUUUCACCAGACAUGGCUCCGUGUGACUUUCUUCUAUGUCCAAAAAUUAAAAGAACCUUUAUAGGGCCGUUGAUUUACAAGCAUAGAUGACAUUAAAAGUGCAUCGCUAAAUGAGCUGAAGGCUAUCCCAAAGAUCGAGUUUGAGAAAUGUUUUGAGAAUUGGAAGAAACGUUGGCACAAGUUCAUAUCUUUUGGCGACUGUUUUGAAGGCGAUAAUAUUAAUGUAGACGAAUAAAUAAAUAUUUU